AUGUCACGAGAGUCUGGCUCGAUUAGGAGUUUGCCUCGCAAGCAAAGGGAUCUGGAUUCUUUCCCCAUCCUCGAAGAGGACGAGGCGGGCAGCGAUGACCAUGGUCUACCGAUAAUGCCUGUCUUCAGCGUCGACGAGGAAAAAGGCAUCCCGAAGGAAGCCCGGAGUGUGGACAAUAAAAAACGCAUCGAGCAAGAGAUCGAGGGAGACUUCGACAGUGAAUUCUAUCGAGACUCUGCAGACCUGGCGUCGAUGCAACACAAGCCACUGCUGGCGCAGCAGGUUGAUUUGGGCGAUCCAGACUCAAGCGUCGACGAGUCUACUGACGAGAGCGAACACAAUCUCGAGGAAGCACCUGAAGUUGAGCCUGCCAAGCCGUGGAAAGUGCGCAGUUGGAUCCGCAGAUUUACCACUCAUGCUUCACAGGCGCCUAAGCUAGGACAGGACUCCUCAGAGGGCACAGAGAUGGACAGUCUUGACCCGUUGCAUGGUAUGAUGAAGUCGAAGCUUUUCCACUUUGGCGCUCCAAAAGAGCGUCCUGUGGACGAGGAAAUGGGCCAUUAUGACGAGGCAAAGGGGAUAGUUGAGACACACGUCCCUCUGGAGAACGCACGUUCUGUUUCGUCCGAGAUGUCGCUCGACCGCGGGGCCUUGAGAGACACCGAUUCCAACGAAUAUUUUAUAGUCCCUCUGGCAGACGACUACGACGAGAUGGUGCCGCAUGAGCCAGCAGAGCGACAACGGUACAAAAAGGGCAUAUUUUCGAAUCUCAUGCGGCUGUACAAUUCAAGCUUGUCUAAUGUCGUCUCUGCGCAAGACAGCGACAGAGAUGAGACUUCUGGCGCAAAAAAAUGGAAACGGCUUUCGCUGCUAAACCGAUCCUCUUCCAGUUCCCUCAACGAAGUGCUGAGUUCAGACGACAAGAAACGGCGCUACAAACGCGAAGUUUCAGGCACUUCUCUCGCCAAUAUUUUUGGUAGCAGGGAAAGCAGCAUUCACGCAGAGAAAGUUGACCUGCCGCAAUUCGAGCACAAGGACAAGAAGCUCAAGGACAUUCUCAAGCUUAAGAAGAAGCGCAAGCGUGAGACGGCGGCGCGCAUUACCGUGCACAUCGCAGAUGUGCUGCAACGCCAAAAGUUCAUUCUGACGCUGUGCAAGGCAUUCAUGAUGUACGGCGCGCCCAACCACCGCCUGGAGGAGUAUCUAUCUGCCGCAUCACGUGUCCUGGAGAUUGACAGCUCGUUUAUCUACCUCCCUGGCGUGAUGAUCGUUUCAUUCGGUGAUCCGUCCACGCGAACGUCCGAGGUGAAGCUUGUGCGCGUUUCGCAGGGUCUCAAUUUGGGCAAACUAGACGAGGCACACGAGCUGUACAAGAGCGUAGUGCACGACCGGAUCGGCGUUGAGGAGGCGUCUGCGCGGCUCGAGGAGCUGCUGCAGCGGCCAAAUUACUUCAACACCUGGUGGAGCAUUUUACUGUACGGGAUUUCGAGCUGCUCGGUGAUCAGCUGGGCUUUUGGCGGCUCGUGGCUCGACAUUCCGCCCACUUUCGUUCUUGGCUGUCUGCUUGGCUUCUUGCAACUCGUCGUCGCACCAAAAUCGUCUAUCUACUCGUCCGUGUUUGAGGUCAGCAGCACCGUGUGUCUGAGUUUUAUUGGCCGUGCGAUUGGCACCAUUGGCGGCGGCAAGUACUUCUGCUUUGCAGCGGUCGUCCAGGGCGGCAUGUGCCUGAUUCUUCCCGGCUACAUCAUCCUCAGCGGAGCGUUAGAGAUCCAGAGCAGGUCCCUCGUAGCAGGCUCCGUGCGCAUGUUCUACGCCAUCAUAUACUCGCUUUUCCUCGGGUUCGGCCUCACUCUCGGGUCGGCACUGUACGGUUGGAUGGACCACCGCGCAACAACAAACACCACGUGCACUUCCAACAUAUCGCCGUGGUGGAACUUUGUGUUUGUACCGGUCUUCAGUCUCGCGCUGUCGAUGGCGUCGCAGGCUCAAUGGCACCAGCUGUCAAUCAUGACUAUUAUUGCGUGCGGUGGCUACGUGGUGUCAUAUUUUUCGUCUCGGCAUUUCAGCAUCACAGAGUUCAACUCAGCUCUCGGCUCCUUCACCAUCGGUCUGCUGAGCAAUCUGUACUCUCGCACAGGCAAGUCGUUCCGCCGUAUCGGAUACUGCAAUUCUGCUUUCACCUCGAUGCUAACGGGCAUUUUUGUCCAGGUCCCCGGGGGAGUGGCCUCGCGCAACGUUUUGGCAGCAGGAAUUUCGCAGCUUAGCAACCAGACCAGCGCGAGCAGCGGGACGCUCACUUCUGCAGCAUCUGGUAUCAGAAGCAGCACCCUAAGCUUUGGCAUCUCAAUGAUUGAGAUUGCGAUUGGAAUCAGUGUCGGACUGUUUUUCAGCACAAUGCUGGUGUAUCCUUUCGGUAAGAAAAAUACCGGUAUUUUUAGUUUAUAG